GUUCGAGUGGCCCAAUAUAAGUAGUGGAUCGUGCAUGUAUCUGGGCUUUGAUUCUACAAGCUGGUUUUGUUUGGGCUUAAUAGCCCAAGUUCUUGUAUACUAUAAUUCAUUUACCCCUCGUAUUAUGGCCGUUUAUUUCAAAAUCAUAACGAACUCUAAAAACAGGGCUCUCUCUCUCUCUCUCUCUCUCUCUCUGCUGAUCAAGGAGAAACGCAGAGCCAUGGAAGAGAGGCGCCAUGAAACUCGCUACGCCCAUUAUAUAUACAACCUUCCAACUCAUUACACACAUACACACAUGCUACUCCAAGCGCACGUGGCACUCCCGCGUUUCCUUUCUCACGCCUCUAAACCCCAAAACCAAUACGUUACGAUCAAACGCUCCGCCCAUCUUCUAUACAUUUCCCUCCCUUCCCGCACUUCCUCUCCUCCCAUACAAAACCCGGAACCUGGCCAUCUUGCUUCAUAUCCUCCGGAAUUCCCAUUUUGUGAUCACAAACAUGACGAACAAAGGUGACAUCGAGUCUGCUUGGGGGAAGAACAACGCCGACCAACUCUACCCCAUGAUGCUUGAGAGCCCCCAGCUCCGCUGGGCUUUCAUCCGCAAAGUCUACGCUAUCUUGUGCUUGCAAAUGCUUCUCACCACUGUUGUCGCCGCCGUCGUUGUCUUCUUCCGCCCCAUACCCGACUUCAUCGCCCACACUUCCGCUGGCCUUGCCGUCUACAUCGUCAUCUGCGUUCUUCCUUUCAUACUUUUAUGCCCCUUGUAUUGUUUCCACAAGCGUCACCCGCUGAACAUGUUCCUUCUCAUGCUGUUCACGAUCUCGAUUGCAUUAACCGUGGGACUUGCUUGUGCUUUUACCAAAGGGAAGAUUAUCUUGGAGGCUGCUAUUCUCACUUCUGUAGUGGUUGUUAGCCUAACCCUCUAUACAUUCUGGGCAGUGAAGAGAGGUAGUGAUUUCAGUUUUCUAGGACCCUUUCUGUUUGCUUCUCUCCUGGUGCUUAUAGCUUUUGGCCUCAUUCAGAUAUUCUUCCCUAUGGAGAAAAUGACAGUGGCAAUCUAUAGUGGAUUGGCAGCGCUCAUAUUCUGUGGUUACAUUGUAUAUGACACGGAUAAUCUGAUCAAGCGCUUCAGCUACGAUGAUUAUGUCUGGGCUUCAGUCUCCCUUUAUCUAGAUAUUGUCAACCUCUUUCUUAGCCUCCUCACCAUAUUCAGCAUUGUGGACAACUAAAAAGUCUUCAGUUUCUCCUCUCUAGUCUCGUGUCUUUCCGUCAAAAGUCGUCACAGAAACCUUGAGCCCUUUGUUCACUACUGUUAGGGAGUACAGUAAGCAUGUAAAUCCAAUUGAAAGGGUAUUUGUUUUUUUUUUUUCUUUUUUUCUUUUUUGUAUGCUGGGGGGUGGGAAUCAAAGACACGUGAUCUUUGUUCUGGAGUACUCAAUUACUCACAGCAACUUCCCUUUAAAUCCAACCUGUAGAAAGAGAAACAAGAUAUGUUUUGCUUUCAUAUACUCCACAAUUGCUUUUCUUUA